CAACCCCAAACUACUGUAGUAGAAGUUUCAUGCAGCAGAAAUGAAUAUAAACACAAUGGAUUAAUUGGUUAAAAGGCAGAUAAUUAAUCAGCUAAACAUUCUUUAAUUUGUUGACAGCCAUACCAAAUCUCACUGUUGUGAAAGAGACAUGAAGUUGCUUAGGAACCCUGAGCAACACUGAAUUGGUAGUUGAACCACAGAGUCUACGGCUUGCUGAUCAGAAGGUCGGCGGUUCGAAUCCCUGCAACGGGUAUCCCAGCAUCUCUGACGUCUGCAUAAAUCAUUGGCCUUCGUCAUCAUAAGCCCCUGACAAUUUUUGAAUUGAACAAGUAAAGGGGUCAUGGCACGCUUAACGAAAAGGCGUCAGGCAGAUACAAAAGCUAUCCAGCAUCUUUGGGCGGCUAUAGAAAUCAUCCGAAACCAGAAGCAAAUUGCUAACAUUGACCGUAUUACGAAGUAUAUGUCUCGGGUUCAUGGUAUGCACCCCAAAGAGACCACACGCCAGCUUAGUUUAGCAGUGAAGGACGGCCUAGUUGUUGAGACCUUGACAGUGGGAUGUAAGGGAUCUAAAGCUGGUAUUGAGCAAGAAGGAUACUGGCUGCCUGGAGAUGAGAUUGCCUACAGUAUGCAGCCUUUCUCCCGGACAACAGCAAAAAUCAAGGACUGGGAGACAGAAACUCAUGACUGGUAUUGUUUUGAAUGCCAUUUGCCCGGAGAGGUGUUGAUAUGUGACCUGUGUUUUCGUGUAUAUCAUUCCAAGUGUUUAUCUGAUGAGUUCAGGCUUAGAGACAGCAGUAGUCACUGGCAAUGCCCAGUUUGCAGGAGCAUUAAGAAGAAGAACACAAGCAAGCAAGAGAUGAGCACCUAUUUGCGCUUCAUUGUCUCCCGGAUGAAGGAACGAGCUAUUGAUCUAAACAAGAAAGGCAAGGACCACAAACACCCAAUGUACCGUAGGCUGGUGCACACAGCUGUUGAUGUUCCAACUAUACAAGAGAAAGUAAACGAAGGAAAGUACAGGAGCUAUGAGGAGUUCAAAGCAGACGCUCAGUUGCUUCUACACAACACAGUGAUUUUUUACGGAGCGGACAGUGAGCAAGCUGAUAUAGCCAGAAUGCUUUACAAAGACACCUGCCAUGAGCUGGACGAACUUCAGCUUUGCAAGAACUGUUUCUAUUUAUCAAACGCGCGUCCCGACAAUUGGUUCUGCUAUCCUUGUAUACCCAAUCAUGAGCUGGUUUGGGCUAAAAUGAAAGGUUUUGGAUUCUGGCCUGCCAAAGUCAUGCAGAAAGAAGACAAUCAGGUGGAUGUACGCUUUUUUGGCCACCACCACCAAAGGGCCUGGAUCCCUUCAGAAAAUAUUCAAGAGAUCACAGUGAAUAUACAUCGGCUGCAUGUAAAACGUAGCAUGGGCUGGAAAAAAGCAUGUGAUGAGCUAGAACUACAUCAGCGCUUCCUUCGAGAUGGCAGGUUCUGGAAAUCAAAGAACGAGGAUAAAGGAGAGGAGGAGGCGGAAUCCAGCAUCUCUUCCACCAGCAAUGAGCAGCUAAAGGUUACUCAGGAACCAAGGGCAAAGAAAGGAAGACGUAAUCAAAGCGUGGAACCCAAAAAGGAAUUACAGAAUUCUUGUAAUGAUCAGCUGGGACUGAAAGAUUUCAAGGAGAAGCUGGAGCCGGAGCCUGAAACGGAAGCCGUUAGUUCGAGCCAGGAAAUCCCCACAAUGCCUCAACCCAUCGAAAAAGUUUCAGUGUCAACCCAGACAAAGAAGUUAAGUGCCUCUUCUCCAAAAAUGCUGCAUCGGAGCACCCAGACCAAUAACGACGGAGUAUGUCAAAACAUGUGCCAUGACAAAUACACCAAAAUCUUCAGCGACUUCAAAGAAAGGUUCAAGGCUGAUCAUAAGAGGGAGACGGAGAGGGUGGUGCGAGAAGCUCUUGAGAAGCUGCGUACAGAUAUGGAGGAGGAAAAAAGGCAGGCUGUGAACAAAGCUGUUGCAAAUAUGCAGACAGAGUGCGACAGGAAGACGAAGCAGGUGAAGGAGAAGUGCAAAGAGGAGUUUUUAGAAGAGGUUAAGAAGCUAGCCAGCCAGCACAAGCAACUGAUUUCCCAGACCAAGAAGAAGCAGUGGUGCUACAACUGUGAAGAGGAGGCCAUGUAUCACUGCUGCUGGAACACUUCCUAUUGCUCCAUCAAGUGUCAGCAGGAACACUGGCACGCUGAGCACAAACGCACCUGCCGCAGGAAAAGAUGAGAGCCCCCUUCCCCUGCGAGUGCAGUGCUAUCCUCCGACGCAGCAGGCUUUGGGGUUUCGUUUCAUUUCUAAUGUUAGUUUCCAAGGGGUCAGAAUUGUUGGUUAGAAUUUGUUUCCCCUCUUCUAAUUCCCCCCCCCCCAUCAGCCUUUAAAACACUUUUUUCGUAAAGAACUUUUUGCACAGUUAAAAUUUUCAGUCUUGUGUUUUAACGCUCCUCUCAAAAUCCCCUCUUUUCCUCUCCCCCCCCUUUUCCUUUUGUCAGUGAGGCAAUUUGAAUCCCAGCCUUGGAGCACACUGCUUCUUCUUCUACUUCUUCUUCUUUUUUUUUGUAAUUGUUAACCUAGACAAUUUGUUGGGUUUUCAGCAAAUUUAAAAAAAAUAAAAAUGAAAGCGAAGUUUUUAGGUUUCGUAGAGACGAAGAAAUAUAAAUGACAGGAACAUUUUAAAGAGAUCUGAAUGUAAGACAUUUAAAACUGCUUAGAAAGAAAGAAAAAGCAUACUACCUUGAUGUAACAUUUGCCUGUUAAUCACACGAGCUGGUUUUGUUCAGCUUAAUUUACUGUUUAAAGGCAUUAUCUGUUGGUUUGUGCCAGUGGGUAUAUGACUGAAUUUUGGGAACAGGGUUGACACAGCAGGUACUAGUCCUGCAUGUUUUUUCUUAAAACGUUUCCCACCCCCCACCCCCCAUUGUGUUUUGUUUCACUAUUAUUAUUAUUAUUUCAAUAUAUAGCUUUUAUAACAAAAAAAUACUAGCUUUGAUCUUAUUGCUUAAAAAAAUCACAGAGGACUGGGGUAGCCUUUUUGCUGAGCUGGAUCUUAGAAAAAUAAUAUUUAAAUUUUAAAUUUUUGCACAUUUCAUCCUUCUUCCAACAUGAAUGGUUGUGAAAAGGAAGCCAAAAAAAAAUGAUGGGGGAAAAGACACCCAGUUUUACAUCAUUAGUCACAUAUGGAGCUAAAAGGAUGAAGCAUAAGUAGAAAACUAGCUUAAUAAUUUGUCCCCUUACAACCCCCCUCCCCCCAUUCUGCACAGUUCUCCACCAUAUGGAAUGUUAUUUGACUGCCCGUUAAUCUACAAUUACUAACUCAACAGUAAAUUAAUUAAAGUGGGGGGAUGGGGGAAGCACUUAAGUUUCACAGAAGCAGUUAUGUCUGUAAUAAUUGGUUAUUGCCAUCUCUAUACUUAGAAUGAAGAAUAAUGCAUGUUACUUUUCCUGUAUUAAAAGAUGCUGUGAUUUGUAAAAA